CGCGAGCGAGCGCGGCUUGGGCUGGGGGGCUGUAGCUCUGCAGUCCGACGUGGAGCAGUGCUUCUGCCAGGGACAAGCCCCCACCCCAGCUUCCUGAGGGAGCCGGGAAGCCCAGGGGGCUUGGGGCCAGCCUUAUCACCCCACAGCCACCCCCAAGCUGGACACAGACUGUCCGUUGCCCAGCUGAGCCCCACGGAUGCUUGGACACCUCAGAGUUGAGCCCAGGGGGCCUCCCGGCCUCGCCAGGUGGAGUCCAGCCUCUGCUAGCACUGCACCUCCACCGGAGAGGCACAAUGUCGCCUUUGUUCCUGGCGGGGCUCAGUCCAGGGUGCAGCCCUCCUGGCCAAGAGAGGAUAGGCCAAGGCAGGGGACAGAGCCGAGGCCCUGGGGUCUCUGAGGGGAGCCGGGGUGCCCGGGGCACCGGCUGCAGCAUUUCUCCAGACUAGGACGAGGGGACGCUCUUCAGGCUGACCAAAGGGCCAACCAGGGGGCCCCACCCCAUGCGAGACAGUGGGGUGCAGCUGUCUGAUGGCAUUUUUCUCUUUCAGAAAAUGGGGCUUCGAGGCCCUCCCGGGCCCCAAGGGCCACCUGGGAAGCCGGGGAAGGACGGCAUUGACGGAGAAGUUGGUCCUCCGGGUCUGCCCGGGCCCUCGGGACCGAAAGGGGCCCCAGGCAAGCCUGGGAAACCAGGAGAGUCCGGGCUCCCGGGGCUUCCCGGUGUGGACGGCCUGACUGGGCAGGAUGGACCUCCUGGACCCAAGGGCGCCCCCGGAGAACGGGGAAGCCUGGGACCCCCGGGGCCACCUGGGCUGGGGGGCAAAGGCCUCCCUGGACCCCCCGGAGAGGCAGGAGUGAGUGGCCCCCCCGGUGGAAUUGGCCUCCGGGGUGCUCCGGGACCCUCUGGACUCCCAGGCCUCCCUGGUCCCCCGGGACCUCCUGGACCCCCUGGUCACCCAGGGGUCCUCCCCGAAGGCGCUACUGACCUUCAGUGCCCAGCCGUCUGCCCACCAGGCCCCCCGGGGCCCCCAGGAAUGCCAGGGUUCAAGGGACCCACUGGCUACAAAGGGGAGCAAGGAGAAGUCGGCAAGGAUGGCGAGAAGGGUGACCCCGGGCCUCCUGGGCCCCCUGUCCCGGGCACCGUGGGGCUGCAGGGUCUGCGGGGGCUGCAGGGACUUCCAGGGCCGCUGGGACCCCCCGGGGACCGGGGUCCCAUUGGGCUCCGAGGGCCCCCCGGGAUCCCAGGAGCCCCUGGGAAAGUGGGUGACAGAGGCGAGAGGGGCCCAGAGGGGUUCCGCGGCCCCAAGGGCGACCUUGGCAGACCUGGUCUUAAAGGUGUCCCAGGCAUGUCUGGGCCAGGCGGAGAGCCGGGCAUGCCGGGCAAGGACGGCCGGGACGGCAUGCCAGGACUCGAUGGCGAGAAGGGAGAAGCUGGGCGCAACGGUGCCCCAGGAGAGAAGGGUCCCAGUGGGCUGCCGGGUCUCCCUGGACGAGCAGGGUCCAAGGGUGAGAAAGGAGAACUGGGCAGAGCUGGAGAGCUGGGUGAAGCUGGCCCUUCAGGAGAGCCCGGUGUCCCUGGAGACGUUGGCGUGCCCGGGGAGCGUGGCGAGGCUGGCCACAGGGGCUCAGCGGGGGCUCUGGGCCCACAAGGCCCUCCGGGGGCCCCUGGAGUCCGAGGUUUCCAGGGCCGGAAAGGCAGCAUAGGAGACCUCGGCCUGCCAGGCCCUCAAGGCCUGCGAGGCGAUGUGGGUGACCGGGGCCCUGGAGGAGCCACAGGCCCUAAGGGAGACCAGGGCAUUGCGGGCUCGGACGGUCUUCCUGGGGAGAAGGGAGAACCGGGUCCCAGUGGCCCUGUUGGACCCAAAGGAGAGUCUGGCAGUCGAGGGGAGCCGGGCCCCAAAGGCAUCCAAGGUCCCAACGGCACCAGCGGCGCAGAAGGUGUCCCAGGCCCUCCCGGCCCCGUGGGCUUCCAGGGCGUUCGAGGCGUGCCUGGCAUCACGGGGAAACCGGGCGUCCCGGGGAAAGCAGCCAGUGAGCAGCACAUCCGGGAGCUGUGCGCGGGCGCCGUCAGCGAGCAAAUUGCACAGCUGGCUGCUCACCUGAGGAAGCCCUUAGCACCGGGCUCCAUCGGUCGGCCUGGUCCCGCUGGUCCCCCUGGCCCCCCCGGCCCCCCUGGCUCCAUUGGUCACCCUGGUGCUCGAGGGCCCCCUGGAUAUCGGGGUCCCACCGGAGAGCUGGGAGACCCCGGCCCCAGAGGAAGCCCAGGGGACAGAGGAGACAAAGGCUCGGCUGGCGAGGGCCUGGACGGGCCCGACGGAGAGCAAGGGCUCCGAGGACCACAAGGCGUGCCUGGCAUCAGCAAGGACGGCCGGGACGGGGCCCCCGGCGAGCCUGGCCUCCCCGGCGAUCCCGGGCUCCCCGGAGCUGUUGGUGCUCAGGGGACCCCCGGCAUAUGCGACACCUCUGCCUGCCAAGGAGCCGUUAUGGCAGGGGGCGUGGAGAAAUCCGGUCCCCGGAGUUCCUGAAACACAACUUAAGGACGAGAGUGAGAAAGUGGUGUCAGCUGAAGCAGCGAGCUCUGGAGGGGCGCCACGGGGGUCCAUUCUGGGAUUAAGGAGCAGAUGACGCGAGGCCCUGCCGCCCAGCCAGGCCUUCCCGCUGCUCCUCCACGUCCUUGGUGGCUGCCGCCAGACACUUGGUCCCCGAGAGCAUCCCCAUUGAGCCGUGGUCAAGAGCAUUCUGACUACGUGUGUCCACGACGGUCUAUUCGGCUGUAACAUCAUACCUCAGACUCAGGCCUGUGUAAUAAGUCGUCAGCCCAGAGUUUGAGAGGAACACAGUGCGUACACACAGGAAGUUCUGUACAAUUCCACGAGAGAAAAAUAUCCAACUUGUUUACGAGCAUUUGUGUAAAGACUAAGAUAUAAUCCCAGUAAAUCGAUAUAUGAGGUUUUCAGAUUAAGACUGGCCACAGUGUUACAAAAAAUAAAGAAUUUAAUGUCUGACGCCCUUCCAUACAAA